AACAAAAACCCUAGAUACCGAGCCGUGCAUAAAUACCGCAAAAACCCUAGUUCCUGUCUUUAUUGGUGUUCCUUCAGCAGUCGAAGAUGUCGAAGCGAGGACGCGGAGGAUCAGCUGGUAACAAGUUCAGGAUGUCACUGGGUUUGCCAGUGGCAGCUACUGUGAACUGUGCCGACAACACUGGGGCAAAAAACCUUUACAUCAUUUCAGUAAAGGGAAUCAAGGGUCGCCUCAACAGGUUGCCAUCUGCUUGUGUUGGAGACAUGGUGAUGGCCACCGUGAAGAAGGGAAAGCCCGAUCUCAGGAAGAAGGUUAUGCCCGCAGUCAUUGUGAGGCAGCGCAAACCCUGGCGCAGAAAGGACGGUGUCUACAUGUACUUUGAAGAUAAUGCUGGUGUUAUCGUGAAUCCUAAGGGAGAGAUGAAAGGUUCUGCUAUCACCGGUCCAAUUGGUAAGGAGUGUGCUGAUCUUUGGCCAAGGAUUGCUAGUGCAGCUAAUGCCAUCGUUUAAGAGCCCUAGAUUUAUAUCUUCUAUUUUGUCUGCCUUUUAGACAGUUUUUCAAGUCUUGUGAUAGGAAAGAUUAUGUUAUUUGGAUUUCGUAUGUGCUACGAAGUUUUUGUUGGAUAAUGAUAUAAUUUUGAUGUUAUUGUUUUGCUAAAUUCAGUCUGCCCUGUUUUGCGGCGUUAAUCAUAAACAUGUUUUGGGGUUUGAA